AUGAAUAAUAUCACGACUAUUUAUGGACCGCCACCGGCUGGCGUCAAUCUCAAUGACAACAGAGUCUCCAAGGACACCACGAUCGUUGCCGUACUAUGCGCGCUUGCUUUCAUUACAGUGCUCAUGCGCUACUUCGUGAGGCUCUGUCUCCAAGGCAUGAAAUUGGGAGCCGAUGACUUCUUUGUUGGUGCAUCGGUCCUUGUUUUAGUGAUUUUGGUCUCUAUAUCCGUCUUCAGUAUGGCCCUUGGUAUGACCGGAAUUGGAUUAUUACUGACAGGUAUAACAGGCGGCCACCACGGACUUGGUCGACAUGUUUGGAGUACAACAUUAGGGCACAUGGUCACUAUAAAACAAGGUCUAUUUGCCUACGUCUUACUAUACCUCGUCGAGCUGCUCCUUAUAAAAGUUUCGAUUUUGAUGUUCUAUCGCCGGAUUUUCAACAUGAAUUGGAUGAUCUGGACUUGUCUCAUUUUGUCAUGCUGCUGGUGCACAGGAAGCAUGGUUGCAGCCCUCUCGGCCCCGAAGCCGAUAUCAUAUUUUUGGAGCGAAGUGAGCGACCCUUCGUCUGGAAUAUGGCGAUAUAACUUUUACUACUACUAUAUCGGAAACGCAGCAUCCAACGUGGUGUUGGAUGUCCUGAUUUUUAUCAUUCCGAUUCCAAUUGUGUGGAAACUUCAGAUGCGAACCGGUCAGAAAAUUGCAAUUUGCAGUCUAUUUCUCCUUGGUGGAUUUGUUUGUGUUGCAAGCAUCGUCCGGAUCCACUACCUGACCUUCCUCGAUGGCGGCGAAGAUGUAACAUGGACAUUAAGUGAAGUGUCUGUGUGGUCGGUAGUCGAGCCGGCCAUUGGAAUCAUUUGCGCCUGUCUACCAUACUUACAACCGCUGAUUCGAGGGACCGUCCGGAAACUUUCUGGUCACUGUUCGAAAACAGGACGUGUCUCUUCUUCGAUGCCGAAACCAAAUGGCUCUCAAAGACACACUAAUAGCAAACGGAGUGAUCAACAUGAGGCUUGGCACGGGCAGGGACAGCAGGGACAUUUGAGGUCGAAACCGCUUUUCAUCUCAGAUGAAGAUUGUAUGCGGUUGACAGCCCUUUCAACUCGUGUGGAGAUGGAAGACUCAAAUGAUCGAGAUAGUAUAGAAGGGAACAUCGAACCUAUGUCCAUUCGUGUCAAGAAGGAUGUACAUUGGACCGUGGGUUAA